AUGCUAGCUAAAUGUGUCAAUGUGAUAGUAAUUCAGCAUGAAGCUGAACGUGUCAUGGAGGAGGCUGUUUCUCAAUGGAAGGGCAAACCGGAAGAAGAGCAGCUUUUGCUAAUGAACGCCCAAGUUCAUAUUCGUAAAGGUGACAUCGAUGGAGCGCUUGCAAUGCUGGGCACGGUACAACCAGGACAGCCAAAUUAUCACUCAGCACGCAUGAAAAUGGCAGAAAUAUAUCUGGAAGAGAAACAGGAUAAAACCAUGUUUACGAUGUGUUACAAGUCUAUGAAGAACACUUUUCAUUUAAGAGAACUUUUAAAGAGCACGCCAACAUCGGCUACUUAUGCCCUACUUGGAGAUGCGUAUAUGAGCGUACAAGAGCCAGAAAAGGCUAUCGAAGCAUAUGAAAUGGCGCUGAAAAUGUCGAAUAAGGACAUGGGGCUAACGGAGAAGAUUGGGGAGGCAUACGUCCUGUGCCACCUUUAUUCCAAGGUUCUCCUUAUUUUGCAUCUUUUAAAAAGUAGAUAUGUUUUGUAGUU